CUCAAGAGCGUCGGCUCGAGCUUGCACGGCUCGAGACGGCUCGAAUAGGAUAGUUCGGACGCCUUCGCACUUUGGUCGGGUCGGCGGCAGCCGAAGGAUGGCGGCGCCGGGGGGUGGUGCCGCGAGCUGGCUGCGCGAGGACGUGGAUGGGCUCAUGGCGACGUACGACCGGAGCACUGGCGGCGCGCGCGACGCCUGCCACCGGGACCUGGUGCGCGACCUCCUCCUGGAGUGCGCGACCACAGCCUCGCGACGGACGCUGGCAGGCGCGGAGGCGGGCCGCCGCGUGCUGGAGGACACGGGCGCGCUCCUGCAGGGCCAGCUCCGCAUGGAGGCGCAGCUUGGCCAGAUGCAGGCGGUCUUGCUCGAGUCGGGCCUGUUGCGCUCGCGGUCGUGGGAGGAGCAGACGGAGCAGCGCGGGUCCUGCCUGACGCCCGGCGACGGCGCGCAGGCAUCGAGAGAGCAACCGAAUGAGGCAGCAGUUGAGCAGGCGUCCUUCCCGCUGGGUGGGGUCCAGCCCGGAGGAAUGGGCGAGCCAUCCCGCGACACCAGUUUGUUGAUGGUCGGGAGGUCGACCGACACCGCCGACGAACAGAAUUGGCGGGAGAGCAUCGAAUUAAGGCCGGAGUUUCAAAGCAGCGACAGGCAGCUCGACCAGUUAUGUCACAGUGCGGUGUCGCAGCUCCAAAACCCUGCGCCAACCGAUUCCUCAUCUAUAGUAGGGUCAUUUUCGUUUGCCAGGAUUGGGCCAGACCGCGCAGGCAAGAAAUCGGAGGCCUUGUUCUUAUUGGCGCCCACCUGCACUCAGCGCUUGUUGCUGGACGUUUUCAGCAUUGUAGUCCUCUGCUAUGACGUCUGGUCGCUGCCAUACCAGAUCGCUUGGGAUGUGCCCCAGGCAGGCACGACAAUGCUCCUCGCAUGCGCCUCUUGCGGCUACUGGGCAGUCGAUAUGGUGUCACACUUCAGGACAGGCUUCUAUAAUCAUGACGGCAACUUGGUGAUGGAGUCUCGGAGGAUUGCCUGGCAUUAUAUCACAACGAGUUUCUGCUUGGAUAUGACCAUUCUGCUCGCAGACAUAGUAGCCUUGCUUCUUCAGACGCUAAAUCCUGAUGCAGCGGGAUCGCCGAAUGGUGCGAGGUUAGGUCGCGUUUUGAAAAUAAGCCGUGUCGCUCGCUUGGUUGGUACUUUGCGCAUGUGGAGUUUGGCCCAUGCGUUCGACCGGUUGUACGCACGCAGUGCGACCCUCCAUGCUACGACCGUGUUCAUGUUCGACACUAUCACGUUCGCCUCAAUCAUAUUGUGGCUGAACCACGUGAUGGCAUGCACAUGGUUCGCCCUCGGGGCACGCGAAGAUACCGACACUGAAAUAACAUGGUUGCAUACUGACGUGGGGAACGGCCGAACGUAUGCCGACGAGUCCCCCAGGUAUCAAUAUUUCACCUCCCUACAUUGGGCCGUGACGCAGAUGACGCCUGGAUCCAUGCAGGUGUUCGCAGUGAACUCCGAAGAACGCCAGUUCAACAUAUUGUGUUUGGUGGCGGGCUUGGUGGUGUUCUCGUUCUUGGUAUCGUCGAUUUCAGCAGCUGUUACACAGUUCAAGAUCCGACUUCAUGAGCAUAACGAGCAGUUGGAGGCAAUGCGACGGUUUCUCAGGAAUUCUCGCAUUAGUUCUGAAGUGGCUCUGACAGUAAACAAGCAAGUCGUGCAGAAGUUGAGGUCGCGAAAGCCUAUGGCAGCAAAGGACGUCGACGUGAUGAAUUUGGUCUCGCUGUCAACGCAGAGCGCCCUGAUGCUGGAGCUCUGCUGUCCCAUACUCGGUGCGCACGGCUUCUUUGGCUUAGUCUUCGAGAUCGACAAGCAUUUUGCAGAGGAGUUCUGCAGGUCGUGCUCGGACUUCCUGUCGAUCGCGGCAACGGACACACUGUUUCUUGCUGGCGUAGAGGCCUCCAGGAUGUAUUUCGUCUCGGGUGGUGAGCUGUCGUACGUGACCAGUCAGGACCGGAAGUCGCCCCCGCUGAGCCAAUCGAUGAACGCAGAGCGGGAGGUUACCGUUGUCAAGCGCGAGGAGUGGCUCUGCGAGGCGGCCCUCUGGUGCAACUGGAGCCACGUCGGCACCGCCGAGAACAGGGGGCCCUCCUUCUGCGAGCUGCUGUUCGUUCGGACGGAGUCGCUGCAGCAGGUCGUGAAGAGGGACCCGCUGAUGAACAGCCUCACCUGGGCGUACGGUCGCCGCUUCUGCGCCUUCCUGGCGGACUCGAAGGCCCCUGGAUGCCCUCGGCCCAAUGACGUGAUCACCCAAUUCGGGGUCGACGAAGUCCUUUUAUCGCUGCCGCACAGCGCCAAAGUGUUCCUCGGACAGUUCACGAUCAGCUCCCUGCUGACGCGCCGCGGGUGGCUGGGGUCUCUGUUCAGCUACGAGGGUCAGGUCGAGACCCUCCAGAGCGAGGUGGACCACGGCAGGAGCCUGCUGAUAAUCGGCAAGAGCAGGGCGAAGGGCGGCGAGAAGGUGCUGCGAGUUGUAAGCUUGGCGGUCCUCCGGCUCCAACGUGCUGACGGGCGCUGCCUGGCGCGUCUCCGCCUCGAGACCCGCCCAGAGGGCCACGUAGAGGCGACCUGCAAGUUUCCUGGCACCAAGUCUCUCACUGGCGAGUCCCGCGACAUGAUAGUGAACCGCUUGCUGGAACAACAGUUAGAGCCAGCGAAGAGGCACAUCCGGGUCGAUAACUUCGAGAGGAGGGAGGAAUCGAAACUUUCGGACAAGCUGCACGUGCAUACGAGGUACAUCAAAUUGUUGAUACACGCCACUUGGCUCGAAGAGGUAGAGGCUAAGCCUGUCGGCGGCAACCCGUCGGUGUCGGUACCUUCCUACCCCGACCCCGAUAUUGCAACGCAGAGCCUCACCAAUCACAGGGUUACGACAGAGCCAUCGCGUAUUUCGCGUGUUGGGCCAUCACGUUUGUGCGAUAUUCCUGUGUUCACAAUAUUGGACGGACAUUUUGCUUGGCUCCACGAAGAAGACAUAGCAUAUUACAGCGAGCCCGCUGGCCAGGCCGAGUUGCACGACUGGCUCUCUGACAUCCAUGACCUGCCCGUACAAAACGACUUGGAAAAUCGUCGCCCAUCAGGGGGUUGAUUGGUUUGCGCGCUGCCACUUCAAGACUGUAACAGGUCGCGAGGGCCUGCAUGCAAGAUACGGCAGGCCAUGGCCGACCAACGUCUGGUCUUCGCGGGGAGGAUCUCGAGGACAGCUGCGCUGCACUCUUCCAGAUUGCGUUAUCCAGACACUGUCCACGCUGCAAUCGGGGUCUCUUCGAGGAGGUGACACGUAGAGCGGAGGUUGCUGACCCCGUCUGCGCGGGGUGCGGUGACGUGACUCGCAGUCCCCGUUUUGGGGCACCCAGCGCACCCCUCACUUCGGAUGCCAGUGGACGCAUUGCCCUCCUCAUUCCUCCCUUCCCUGCUCCUCCAGCCUCGUUUCUCUUAUGUCCGCCCCUGGCUCCUCUCAAAGAAAACGCUGGGAGAACUUAAGCACAGCAGGCCUUGCGCUGUCAGCUGGGUGCCCAGAGGGAGGCACGCAGUCGUAGUAGCCCGUCCGAUGUACAGAAAAGUUGUACGUCUUAUUGUCUGGCCAAUGCAGAAAUUUAAGCGCUAAAACUAGCAGCGCCCUUGUACUUGUAAAUUCGCGCCCCAGGCGUGUCUCCCGGGCUGUCGCACAAGGUGCGGACGUCACGAUUCAUUUCGCCGCAGGGCCAGCAGUACGCAAUUCAACAUACACGCGACGCUACGGCCGACACGUUCUGGCAUCGCAGAGCCGCUACCUAGAAAAACUAGACCGAGGAUCGCCUGAAGUUUCCUUC